UCUCGCUUCCCGGAACAGCGACACCGGACGCCACGCGGCAUCGGAACCAUAAUGGCGAAGACCGAAGAAGAAAUCAAUGACUCAUCCAAGCUAAUCGCCGAAAAAAUACGCCAGCGUCGAAAGAUCGCGUACACUGCGUCAGCGAUUGCGGCUACCCUGGCGUCGCUGACGGUCCUCGUGGCGUUGGUGUACUACUUGGUGGCACCGACGAACAAGGAACCCGAAGCAUCCGACUCGCCGAUGGGAACGUUCAGAAACUGGACGGUCGUCACCGACGUGGACGGCUGCAGGCUGGUACCCAGGGACAUGUUCAUGCGGAAUGGAACCCUGGCUGAUGCUGCGGUGGCUACCCUCCUCUGCAUGAGCAUCUACCACCCCUAUGCAUCGGGCAUCGGUGGCGGCUUUGUGGCCCUCUAUUACCACGGGAGCACCACGGACGCCAGCGUGCUGAUUGCCACCGAGUCAGCACCUGGAGCUGCCUUACGAGAAAAGUUAACAAACAGCAAAGUACUUCGUUCCGGCUGGAAGUCUAUAGGCGUCCCAGGAGAAAUCUACGGGUACUCCGCGCUGCUUUCGAGGAUUGGCAGCAACGUCCCGUGGUCCGAACUCUUCGCGGACGCCAUUUCCAAGGGCGAGCAUGGCAUCGUCGUUGACAAGGCCUUCGGCAGAGCCAUCGCUGAAAACCGGGAUGCCAUACUUGCGGAGGAAAGCCUCAAGAAGCUGCUGUGGAACCAUCGCACCAGGGACCUCUACCAAGAGGGCGAGGUGCUCCGCAAUCCGAAGUUGUCGUCGACGCUCAGGCUCCUAGCCAAGGGCAGUUACAGGGACUUCUACGACCGAGGGGGCACCGUCGCCGGCAAACUCAUCAACGACCUUCACAUCGGUGACGGCAAAGCAAACGUUGUGGACGAUCCCUCAAGCGCGGUGCUCCACGAGUCUCUCAUAACGGCCGACGACCUGACCAGCUACAGGGCCAAGUGGAAGCCCGCGAUGAAAGUCAAGCUCGACAGCAAAACAACCCUGUACACGGCGCCACUGCCCAGCGGUGGCGCCACACUUGCUUACAUCAUGAACAUCAUGGCGGCCGUCAAGGUGGCUGUACGGUUUCUGUGGGAGAACAGGACCCUCAAGGGCGCCAUCGACUAUCCGCGGCUACACGUGGACGUGAAGAGUGGCAGCAUCCAGUACGAGCACCGCAUGGUACCGAGGAUCAUGUACAAGAUGGCGCAGAAAGGUCACACUCUGGAUGGAGAUCCUGAGGAGAUGAGUUUCGGAGACCGGUACUCCUGCGUGUGCGGCAUCGCCAUGAAGCACGGCGUGCUCUACACCAACGCCGACUUCCGCGCCCACACCGGAGGCUUCGACGGAGAUUAGGGCUUGGCCACCGACGCCAGCUAUACGCCUAGUACCGUAGCGUGUAAUAUUAACUGGAGCUACUUGAUGCUAUACAUGAAAAUGCAUCUUUGUUUGGCUUGCAUGUGUACAUGGAUACGUAUAUUAUACCAUUUGCACGUCACCGAUAUCAUGACGCAACGAUGGGCCCGUCAACAGCUACCAGUACCAAAUGCGAAGAAAUUAUU